AUGUUUAUGGAUGUGGUGGCAGCUCUCGAAGACAUGUUUCGGUGUCACAGUAACAGGACCUCCUCACAUCUAAAUGCUCCACAGGACCGCAUCCAGGACCACAUCCAGGGCCGCAUCCAGGGCCGCAUCCAGGGCCGCAUCCAGGGCCGCAUCCAGGGCCGCAUCCAGGGCCGCAUCCAGGGCCGCAUCCAGGGCCGCAUCCAGGGCCGCAUCCAGGGCCGCAUCCAGGGCCGCAUCCAGGGCCGCAUCCAGGGCCGCAUCCAGGGCCGCAUCCAGGGCCGCAUCCAGGGCCGCAUCCAGGGCCGCAUCCAGGGCCGCAUCCAGGACCGCAUCCAGGACCGCAUCCAGGAUCUCAUCCAGGACCACAUCCAGGACCACAUCCAGGACCGCAUCCAGGACCGCAUCCAGGACCGCAUCCAGGACCGCAUCCAGGAUCUCAUCCAGGACCACAUCCAGGACCGCAUCCAGGACCGCAUCCAGGACCGCAUCCAGGGCCACAUCCAGGGCCACAUCCAGGGCCGCAUCCAGGACCGCAUCCAGGGCCGCAUCCAGGGCCGCAUCCAGGACCGCAUCCAGGGCCGCAUCCAGGGCCGCAUCCAGGACCGCAUCCAGGGCCGCAUCCAGGGCCGCAUCCAGGGCCGCAUCCAGGACCGCAUCCAGGACCGCAUCCAGGGCCACAUCCAGGGCCGCAUCCAGGACCGCAUCCAGGAUCUCAUCCAGGACCACACCCAGUACCGCAUCCAGGGCCGCAUCCAGGGCCGCAUCCAGGGCCGCAUCCAGGGCCGCAUCCAGGGCCGCAUCCAGGGCCGCAUCCAGGACCGCAUCCAGGAUCUCAUCCAGGACCACAUCCAGGACCGCAUCCAGGACUACACCCAGGACCGCAUCCAGGAUCUCAUCCAGGACCGCAUCCAGGACUGCACCCAGGACCGCAUCCAGGACUGCAUCCAGGACCGCAUCCAGGACCGCAUCCAGGACCGCAUCCAGGGCCUGACCUCAUGUUUAUGGAUGUGGUCACAGCAGCAGGACCGCAUCCAGGACCACAUCCAGGGCCGCAUCCAGGGCCGCAUCCAGGGCCGCAUCCAGGGCCGCAUCCAGGGCCGCAUCCAGGACCGCAUCCAGGGCCGCAUCCAGGGCCGCAUCCAGGGCCGCAUCCAGGGCCGCAUCCAGGGCCGCAUCCAGGGCCGCAUCCAGGGCCGCAUCCAGGCCCGCAUCCAGGGCCGCAUCCAGGGCCGCAUCCAGGGCCGCAUCCAGGACCGCAUCCAGGACCGCAUCCAGGACCGCAUCCAGGAUCUCAUCCAGGACCACAUCCAGGACCACAUCCAGGACCGCAUCCAGGGCCACAUCCAGGGCCGCAUCCAGGACCGCAUCCAGGAUCUCAUCCAGGACCACACCCAGUACCGCAUCCAGGGCCGCAUCCAGGGCCGCAUCCAGGGCCGCAUCCAGGGCCGCAUCCAGGGCCGCAUCCAGGGCCGCAUCCAGGGCCGCAUCCAGGACCGCAUCCAGGAUCUCAUCCAGGACCACAUCCAGGACCGCAUCCAGGACUACACCCAGGACCGCAUCCAGGAUCUCAUCCAGGACCGCAUCCAGGACUGCACCCAGGACCGCAUCCAGGACUGCAUCCAGGACCGCAUCCAGGACCGCAUCCAGGAUCUCAUCCAGGACCACAUCCAGGACCACAUCCAGGACUACACCCAGGACCGCAUCCAGGGCCGCAUCCAGGACCGCAUCCAGGAUCUCAUCCAGGACCACAUCCAGGAUCACAUCCAGGCCUACACCCAGGACCGCAUCCAGGACCGCAUCCAGGACCGCAUCCAGGACCGCAUCCAGGAUCUCAUCCAGGACCGCAUCCAGGACUGCAUCCAGGACCGCAUCCAGGAUCUCAUCCAGGACCGCAUCCAGGACCGCAUCCAGGACCGCAUCCAGGAUCUCAUCCAGGACCGCAUCCAGGACCGCAUCCAGGACCGCAUCCAGGACCGCAUCCAGGACCGCAUCCAGGACCGCAUCCAGGACCGCAUCCAGGACCGCAUCCAGGACCGCAUCCAGGACCGCAUCCAGGACCACACCCAGGACCACAUAUAG